AUGCCCGCCAUCCGCACAGCCAAGAACCGCAAGCCGCCACCCGACGGCUUCGAAGACAUCGAAGACACGCUCCUCGAAUUCGAAAACAAAAUGAAAGACGCCCAAGCCGCCUCGCACGAAGGCAAGAAGAAACACGAGAUGCUCUGGCCCGUCUUUCAAAUCACUCAUCAGCGCUCCCGCUACAUCUACGACCUCUACUACACGACCUCCGCCAUCUCCAAACCCCUCUACGACUGGCUGCUCAAAAACUCCUACGCCGACGCCAACCUGAUCGCGAAGUGGAAGAAGCAAGGCUACGAGAAACUCUGCUGUCUGCGCUGCAUCCAGACCAAGGAGACGAAUUUCAAUUCCACGUGUAUUUGUCGCGUGCCCCGCGCGCAGCUGAAGGAGGAUCAGGAGGUGCAGUGUGUGAGUUGUGGGUGUCGCGGGUGUGCGAGUUCGGAUUGA